AUGUCCGACGACGCGCGCGAGCGUCCUCGCGCGUCGCCGGACGCCGCCGUCGCGUCGUCGUCGUCGCGUCCCUGGACGCUCGCCGUCGCGCUGCGCGCGCACGCCGCCGCCGUCAAGUCCGUCGACGUCGCGCGCGCGUCCGCCGACGGCGCGACGACCGUCGUCAGCGCGUCCGCGGACGGCGACGUGCUCGCGCGACGAUCGAACGGCGCGACGUGGGAGCCCCUGGCGCGCUUGCGCGGGCACGACGGCGGCGCGCGCGCGGCGAGGUGCGCGGGACGCGCGCGAGACCGCGUCUUGUCGGCGUCGUACGAUCGAACGGCGCGCGUGUGGACGCUUCCGAGGCGCGCGAACGACGCGGGCGAGGCGACGCGGGCGAAAUCGGCCGCGGUGGUGACGCUGCGAGGGCACGGGGAUUACGUGGUGGAUUGCGCGUGGAGCGAAGACGAAAACUUGGGCGAGCUCGCGACGACGGCGAGCGCCGACGGCACCGUGCGCGUGUGGCGCGCGGAGACGGGAGAGUGCUUAAAAAUAGUCGACGCGCGCGAAGAGGGCGUCGGGGCGGUGACGUGCGUGGACGCGCGCGCGACGACGGACGACGCGGGGACGACGUCGGACGACUGCGUCGUCGUCGCGGGUCUGAUGGACGGUUCGGUCAGGUUCUUUCACGUGCGCACGGGGGCGUGCGCGUUGAUAUUGGUGGGUCAUCUCGGCGCGGUGACGUCGGUGGCGACGCCGGAUGCGCCGGAGACGUGGAUGGAUUCGGCGAAGGCGCGCACGCGCGUGUGUUACGGUUGCCGAGACGGCGCCGUCGGGUGCUUUGACGUGUCUUCGGAUGAGGGUGGUCAAAGAGCGGACGUGACGCACUUAAUGCGUCGACGGACGCAUCCAGACGCCGAUCUCGAGGCCACGACGAGCGUUAAAUUUAUCCUCUCCAACGCGCAAACGCUCGCGUCGUCGUCUGAAGACGGCACGGUGAGAAUAUGGAACGUCCAGCGCGGCGAGUGCGCGAUGGUGUUGACGGGACAGACCGCCGGCGCGUCCAUUGAUUGCGUCUCCAUGCUGGAUGACGUCUUGGUCAGUGGUGGUUCCGAUGGGAGCGUUUCGAUUUGGGAGAAGAAACCGCGAGCGUCCACUGAGGAGAGUAGACGCGACGACGACGACGACGAGGCGACGCUCGCGACGCGCGCCGACAUCGCCCUUCGGUGGCUCUUGCGCCGGGGACCUCAAAUUCGCGUCGACGAAGUCGACGAAAUCGAAGAACGCCUCCUCGUCGCCGCAUUCGACGCCGCGGAUCGAGAAGCGCGAGCGUUGCUCGCCGUGCGCCCGCUCGCAGACGACCGCGAAUGCGGCGUCUGUCGCGAUUCGCUCGCCGUCGGCGAACUCGCGCAGCUUCCUUGCUCUCACACUUUUCACGCCGAUUGUCUCCUUCCGUGGAUGCGAGUGUCGCACCAGUGUCCUCUCUGCCGUGAAGUCAACUACGAGUCCGGCGUCUCGCACGCCCUGGCGUGCGUGCGCGUCUUCGCUCCCGCGCGUCGGCCCGCGAUUCGCGACUCCGGCGCCGUUUCGAUCGAACUCGCGACGCCGACAUCCUAG